AUGCCCAACGACUUCAGGCCCGGGCCAUGGAGCGAAGCUCCGCCGCCUUUCUCUAUCCAGCUGCUCAAGCCCGAUGAGCGGCAUGGCAGCGCCGCGUCUGAAGCCAACGCCGACUAUCUCGCCUCGCUCUUGCCCGCGUCAUACCGCACCGAGUCGCAUGAUGUGGCCGCCGCGGGCCGCCAUGUAGAUGCCAGUGUUGAGCAGGAACUCGACCUCCGGCGGCUCAACGAAAUUCACGACUGGCUUUGGGCUGCCGGCCGUCCCGCGCCGCCGCGCCCGCUCCAUCAUCAGCUCAUACUCGGCCGCGAGAUCUUGGUCACGGAGCGCAUAGACAUGCAUCUCGUCUGGACCACCGGCAGGAUGUUCCUGAAGCCCAUCCCGCGCUUCCUGCUCGAGCCUCGCUUCUGGACAACAUACUUGUCCUGCCACCAGCAGCAAGUCGCUUGUGCCGGAAACCAACUCGGCUACAACAAGGAGCGCAAGCGAGGGCUUCGGAAGCGGGCACUCGGCUUCCUCUUCUCCUACGCCGCGCUCAUAUCGCACGAGAGUGACUUUCGCAUCGCUAUGGGCAAGCAGCUACUGCCGCCGGGCACCGAGUGGCCAGACUGGAGAGUUCUCGUUGAGCAGCUCGAUACAGAGCACAUCUACGCGCACAUCGACCGACGCUUCUACCACGGGGAGCUGCGACUCAGCCGGCUGAACAAGAUAUAUUCGCUCUUGCAUAGUCCACUGCGCGGAUACAUGUCGCACUGGGACCAGUACGGCGCCUUCUUCCACGACACGUUUGCCUGGUUAGCCACGGCCGUCGUCUACGUCGCCUUGGUCCUCACUGCCAUGCAGGUCGGGCUAUCCACCGAGCUUGGCCGCAGCGAAGCCUUCCGAUCUGCCUCUUCGGGCUUUACCGUCUUUUCUAUAUUGGGGCCACUCAUCGUAGCGGCGCUCAUCAUCCUGGCCUUCUGUUCCAUGUUUGUGAAUAAUUGGAUAAAGGCUGUCGGGUAUCGGAACUGGCGGCUCGGCAUGAUUCGAGCAGAGCUCUAA